AUGUUGCAACACGGACACCUCAAAGAGUUUUUAAGCAAUAAGGGGAGGAACAACUUCGCCAAAGGUCGUGAACAUCAAGGCCCACCGAAGCCACCAUCACCGGCUCGUAAAAUCAAUGUGAUCAUUGGCGGUAGCGAUGAUGCCUCUAUCAAAGGUGUUAGAGUCAGUGCCACUCACAAGCUCAAAAGAUCUAUCACCCACGAACGGUAUGAUAUACUCGAAGAAAGAAUCAUCUUCGAUGAGUCAGAUGCCGACGGUUUGACUUUCCCUCACAAUGAUGCUCUCGUUAUUACUUUACAAAUUUUAGAUACUGAUGUCAACCGUAUCAUGGUAGACGAUGGGAGUGGAUCUGAAUGGACAUCGGGUGAAAUCACACUCCCUGUCUUGGCCGGCGGUAUAACUCUGGAGAUAACAAUCCACACCAUGGACCAGACCACUGCAUACAAUGCCAAAGUAGGACGACCAUGGAUCAUCCCAUGA